AUGGCCGACGGUAUCGAGGCCCACCGCACCAGCAGCUCCAUCCAGGAGAAGAAGCAGACAGGGUCAGCAUCCGGAUCCAUUAGCACCAACAGCGCUGGCAGCAAUGCGCCCAUCGCCCCGACCGAAAAUGCCGAUCAGCUUCAGCGCCGCUUGACGAACCGUCACCUCCAGCUCAUCGCAAUCGGAGGAUCCAUCGGUACGGGUCUCUUCGUGUCUAUCGGAACCGGUCUGCAGCGUGGAGGCCCGGCCUCCCUCUUCCUCGCCUACACCAUCUACUCCUGCAUGCUCGGUCUUGUCAACAAUGGCAUGGCCGAGAUGUGUGUCUACAUGCCCGUAACUGGGUCCUUCAUCCGUAUGGCUGGCAAGUGGGUUGAUGAAUCUUUUGGCUUCAUGGCCGGUUGGAACUUCUUCCUCUACGAAGCCUUUCUGAUCCCCUUUGAGAUUUCCGCUUUGAAUCUUGUCAUCACCUUCUGGCGCGAUGACGUUCCAGCCGUCGCCGUGUGUUUGGUAUGCAUUGCCCUCUACGGAAUGUUGAACGUCAUUGCGGUGCGCUACUUUGGUGAAGCCGAGUUUUGGCUCUCCUCUGGCAAGCUGCUGCUCAUCGUCAUGGUCUUCUGCUUCACCUUUGUCACAAUGGUCGGCGGCAACCCACAGAACGACGCCUACGGCUUCCGCAACUGGAUGGUGGUCCCUGCCUUUAAAGAGUACAUUGGCCAAGGAGAUACGGGUAGGUUCCAGGGCUUCCUGGCCGCGCUCUACUCUGCUGGAUUCACCGUCGUCGGACCCGAGUACAUCUCCAUGAUUGCCGGCGAGGCGAUGCGCCCCCGUCUCUACCUCAAGCAGGCCUUCAAGACCGUCUACUGGCGAUUCGCCUUCUUCUUCAUCGGCGGCGCCCUCGCCUGCUCCAUCGUCCUCCGCUCCGACAACAAGGAACUCGAGAACGCCGGCAGCGGCACGGCCGACGGAUCCCCUUACGUCAUCGCGAUGGAGGUCAUGGGCAUCCGCGUGCUGCCGCACAUCAUCAACGCGCUGCUUUGCACGUCCAUCUUCAGCGCAGGCAACGCCUACACCUACUGCGCCAUGCGGUCGCUGUAUGGACUUGCGCUCGACGGCCAGGCUCCGGCCAUCUUCAAGAAGUGCAUGAGCAACGGCAUCCCCAUCUACGCCUUUGCCGUCGUCAUGAUCUUCCCGUUCCUUUCCCUGCUGCAGGUGUCCAACAACACCGCCCAGGUCGUGACUUGGCUUCAGUCACUCACCCAGGCCGCGCAGAUCAUGAACUACACCAUCAUGUGCAUCACCUACAUCUGCUUCCACCGCGCCUGCGUGGCGCAGGGUUUCGACCGCAAGACUCUGCCGUACUAUGGCUACUUCCAGCCUUACUGCGCUUACAUCGGCGCCGUGUUCAUGACGCUGGUGGUUACGACCUUUGGCUACACCACCUUCCUGCCUGGGCACUGGGACACUCUGACCUUCUUCUCGUACUACACCAUGAUCUUUGUGGGCAUCAUCACCUACACGACGUGGAAGGUCUUCCGCAAGACAAAGUUCGUCAAGCCUCACGAGGCCGACCUCAUCUGGGACAAGCCCAUCAUCGACAGCUACGAGGCCCAAUUCACGACGGAGCCGACUCGGUUCCGAGACGACGUCCGCAAUCUCAUUGGAAUGCUCAAGGGGAAGAAGGCGGCCGACUCGGAACGGCAGGAGACUGUGGAGCAGAGUCAAGGGGAGAAGUAA